GUAUAUAUAUUUAUUUUACAUAACCAUGGCAAAAGGUAUCCGUGCGAAGUCGUUGCGGAGAUAUCGCACAGCUAAACGUCAUGUUAUCAACGAACUCGUUGAGUUACCCUUAGUAAAGGAAGCAAAUCGCAAAGUCCGCCUUCUUCAAUGUGGUAUUGAUAUAACCCCGGAGAUCAAGCCAAAUAAAUUUCUUGAACCAGAUAAUCCUGAUGCUGUGUUUCCCCAACGUGUGGUUAAGCCUGCAAUAGAUCUCCGAUCGGAGGCUUUGCCAUAUUCAGGUCUUGCUGGUAUGUAUAACAGGCGUAAAUUUAGCCCUGAGGAGAUUCGUGAGAGUCAGUAUCUCUCUGUUGUUCAGGGUCAUUUGUUACCACCUCAAGGUGAAAUCGCAAUGUCUAUAGAUGAGGCCCCUGUUUCUAUAAGUAGUACAGCGCGUGAGGGUAACUACAAGCGUGGCAAGGCUCACGCUCAUGCUGCUAAGAAGUUAAAGUCCAUCAAGAAGCGAAAGUGAUAAAACUGUUUCUUAAGAUUGAAAAUACGC